CACGGUGUAUUUCAUCCUCUGUUCGCCCGAAUCCGUCUGCGCUAGGUGCACCUAUUGGCAUCGAGCCAUUUUUCGACCUACGGUUCUAGUGUCGCGCACAGUAUGGCAAUCGCAUCGACUUCCAUAUUUGUGCCUGUCGUCGGUCUUCAGGCUUCAUCUCCGGAUGGAUGGUGGAGCUUUUCGAAUCUACACAUCCAUGACGACAGCGACCAGAUAGUGCUGUGUCGGCCUCAUUCGCCCCGGAUAAUGUCGGUCACCCUUGACUCAAGCGGCGUCGGACUGUACAGUAACCACCUACCGUCGCAGCGUCUCUUCGGACGCCGAUAUAUACGAGAUUUCAAAUACUGGAAGCGCUGCCUUCAAGCCGUCAUACCUCGCGCCGCGCUUCCUGGAGCCCAGAAGACUACGGCGGAACUGAGGCGGUCGUCGGCGAGCUACAUCUCAAGAGUGUGCUUCAUAUUCGUGCGCCGCUUGAUCCCAGCUUCAAUAUCACCGACGGAGUGGAAGCCAUUGGCCGCCCAAGCUACCGCUUUGCGGGAACCUCGUCUUCGCCUUCACAGGCGCGGAUCCUCGCUUUUGGGCCUACUCCAUCUGCUCCCGAGCCUAAAUCCUCUCAUUCUACGACCAUGGAACCUUAAAGCACAUUCCCAGAUUGCCGGACGGUUUAUCCAAUCGGCAUCUAUUUUACACGCUUUCAGAUGUUUGCGUGGCUUGUCGCCGCAUCUUGUAUACUGAGGGUCUUCUCGUUGCUUUCUGUCUCCUGUUCUUGAUUCUGAACGAUGAUGUUACCAGGCUUGGGAGUGCCCAAUUUCUUGGUUUUCCAGCGCGUUUGAGUACACGUACUCCAUUAUUUGGCCAACUUCAAGCUGGCAAGGAA